GCCACGUUCUAAAAAGGCCAGCAAGAUGGGGUCUGAAAACCCAAGUCCACAGAACCCCAGCUGUAAAAUUAUGACUUUCCGCCCGACGCUCGAGGAAUUCCGUGAUUUUGGGAAAUAUAUUGCUUAUAUCGAAUCCCAGGGAGCUCACAGAGCUGGACUGGCAAAGGUGAUUCCUCCAAAGGAGUGGUUGCCACGGAAGACCUAUGACGAUAUUGACAAGAUGGUUAUUCCUGCCCCCAUUCAGCAAGUCGUGACGGGGCAGUCGGGCCUCUUCACUCAGUACAAUAUUCAGAAGAAACCCAUGCUCGUCGGGGAGUAUCGUCGCUUGGCCAACAGCGAGAAGUACUGCACCCCUCGACAUCAAGAUUUUGAUGACCUGGAACGCAAAUACUGGAAGAAUCUGACUUUCGUGUCUCCUAUUUAUGGGGCAGAUAUCAGCGGUUCCUUGUAUGAUGCUGGUGUGAACGAGUGGAACAUUGGGAACCUCAACACCCUCCUGGACAUGGUGGAGCACCAGUGCGGAAUCAUCAUCGAAGGCGUCAACACCCCGUACCUCUACUUCGGGAUGUGGAAGACCACGUUUGCAUGGCAUACAGAGGACAUGGACCUCUACAGCAUCAACUACCUACAUUUUGGAGAACCCAAAUCUUGGUAUGCGAUCCCUCCAGAACAUGGCAAGCGACUGGAGAGACUGGCUAAAGGAUUCUUCCCAGGGAGCUCUCAAGGUUGCGACGCCUUCCUCCGGCACAAAAUGACUCUGAUUUCGCCCUCCAUCUUGAAGAAAUACGGCAUCCCCUUUGACCGGAUCACCCAAGAAGCUGGAGAGUUCAUGAUCACGUUCCCCUACGGAUACCAUGCAGGCUUCAACCAUGGCUUCAAUUGUGCGGAAUCCACCAACUUUGCCACGCUGCGUUGGAUCGACUAUGGAAAGAUGGCUACCCAAUGUACUUGCCGGAAGGACACCGUGAAGAUCUCGAUGGACGUCUUUGUGAGGGUCCUCCAGCCGGAGCGGUACGACUUAUGGAAGCAAGGGAAAGACAUUGCCCCCUUGGAUCACUUGAAACCCACGGCGUUAACCAGCCCGGAGCUGGAAGCCUGGAAUAAGACAAAGGAGGCCUUGAAAGCCAGGAUGCUCCGCAGGGCCAAGAGGAAACGGAGCCAACCUCGGAGGCAUAAGACACAGGAUCAGAAGGCGCUCGGGGAAGCCAUGGCGGCAGAAGCGGCCCUGGAUGGAGGCAAAGAGAAGGAAGGCCAAAGGACGCUUGCAGGCUUAGAUGAAGAAGGGAAACACAAACCGUCGGAAGGCAAAGAAGGAGACUGCAAACCGAAGGUCCGUGUCCCGAAAGUCAAAGGGGAGAGGAAGAGGAAGAAGCAGCAGCACCCCCACCACCCCUUGGCGACUACCCUUCCGCUCCCGUUGCACCAGCUUCUGCCCCCGCUCUUGCUGCCACAGCCGCCGCUGCAACAUCUGGGGGAGCUGCAGUCGCAGGGCUUUGGGGGAGAAGGCGGCACCAGCCCCUGCAAGGAGGAGGACACGCCCCCCAUGCCCUCCCUCAACGCCUUGACCUCGGAAGCCCCCGAUGAGGAGGAGGAGGCCAAACAGCGGCCCAUCAUCCCCAUGCUCUACGUGGUCCCGAGGUGCAAGAAGCCCCCCUCGGAGAAGCGGCGGAUGUCCUGCCAGGAGGUGUUUGAGCGCUUCGUCUCGAAGGAGUCGGUGGACCCCUUGGACCUGGGGAAGAAGGAGGAGGAGGAAGGUGCAGGAGGGCGUCCGGAGCCCAGUAAAUUGCAGACGACGUCAACGUUCUCUAAGCUGAAGAUGGAGAUCAAGAAAAGCCGCCGUCAUCCCUUGGGCAAGCCGCCCACCCGCUCGCCCUUGUCCGUGGUCAAACAGGAAGCCUCCAGUGAUGAAGAAGCACUCCCGUUCUCCGGAGAAGAGGACGUUGGCGACCCCGAGCUCCUCAAGUCCUUGCUUUCCCUCCAGUGGAAGAACAAACCUCACAACUUUAUCGCCGAGAGGAGAUUCAACGCCGCCGCUGCCUUGAGCGAGCCGUACUGCGCUAUCUGCACCCUCUUCUACCCUUAUAAUCAGGCCUCACAGAUGGAAAAAGAGUCCGCCCCACUGCCCUCGGGAGAAAGCACCACGCUCCAGCCGCCUCUGAGAAGCGGGCAGAAAACCAAGCCCCUGAUCCCGGAGAUGUGCUUCACCUCCAGUGGCGAAAACACCGAGCCCCUGCCUUCCAAUUCCUACAUCGGCGAGGAUGGGAGCAGCCUGCUGAUCUCCUGCGCCAGGUGCUGCCUGCAAGUCCAUGCCAGUUGCUACGGGAUUCGGCCUGACCUUGUGAACGAAGGCUGGACUUGUUCUCGAUGCUCAGCCAACGCAUUGGUUGCGGACUGCUGCCUCUGCAACCUCCGGGGAGGAGCCCUUCAAAAGACCACUGACGGCAGGUGGGUCCACGUCAUCUGCGCGAUCGCCGUUCCGGAGGCCCGCUUCGUCAACGUCAUCGAGCGCCACCCGGUAGACAUCACCGGCAUCCUGGAGCAAAGGUGGAAACUGAAAUGCGUCUACUGCCGGAAGUGGAUGAAGAAGGUCUCGGGCGCCUGCAUCCAAUGCUCCUACGAGCACUGCUCCACUUCCUUCCACGUCACCUGCGCCCACGCGGCCGGCGUGCCCAUCGAGCCGGACGACUGGCCGUACGCCGUGUCCAUCACCUGCUUCAAACACAAAGCGGCCAGCCAUGUCGUUCCCUUCUCCAGGGAGGUGUCCCUGGGCCAGACGGUGAUCACCAAGUGCCGCAACGGGCUCUACUACCGGUGCAAAGUGAUCGGCGUCACAACGCAGACCUUCUACGAAGUCAAUUUCGAAGAUGGCUCCUACAGCGACAAUAUUUACCCAGAGAACAUUGUUAGCAGAGACUGCCUCAAGGUGGGACCGCCGGCGGAGGGAGAGUUGGUCCGGCUUCGCUUGACCGACGACAUGAUUUACCGAGCCAAGUUCGUCGCCGCCCACAUGAGCCAGAUCUUUCAGGUCGAGUUUGAUGAUGGCGCUCAGCUAAUGGUCAAGCGAGGCGAGAUCUACACUUUGGAGGAAGACCUUCCCAAGAGAGUCAAGUCACGGCUGUCCCUCUGCAGUGGGGAAGAGAGGCCCUCAGGAGACAACUUGAAGGCGGCUAAGCGGCCCCGCGUGGGCCCCGCCAAGGCCCCCGAGGAGAGCGGCCCCAGCCCCGACUACCUGGCCAUCAUGGAGACCCUGCUGCAAGCCCCCUUCCGGCCCGGCACCCCGAGCGGCACCCAAUUCUGAGACGGAUCCCAACCGGACGAGCCACCUUUUCCAACCUCUCGUGGGAGAGAACUUAAGUGGGACAAAAGCCGUGCAAGAGUGGGAGACGGCCCGGCCCCUGGUGCAAUAAUAACAACAACAACAACAACGUGCAGAUUUCAUCCCUUUCCCUCCUUUUCUCAAUUCUGGGCCCUGGAGACGUGUUCCGGCCUACCUCUGUCCUUCCUGCUGAUGAAUUUUCGAAGGGGACACACACAACUUUGGAUGUUUCCGAAGGAUCUGUACAAAAACCGUUCCGUGUUUUCGUUGGUUUGGGUUCCCUCCCCGCCUCCUCCCUUUCGUUGUGCAACCGUAACUCCGUUUAUUUUUCCAUCCAUUGCUCUCUCUCUCUCCCCCGAUUAAAUACAUAAAUAUAUAUAUAUUUCCUUUCUUUUCUCUUUGGGGGAAAAAAAGGUGCUAUUUCCUGACUACUGAAGCAGCCUUUUCUGGUUUUGGAAUCCACCCUUUGUGUAUGUAUGUAUGAUAUAUACAUAUAGAUAUUUAAAAUUGCCUUUGGAAUUUUCUAUAUUGAGAAGAAGAAGAAAAAACAGUUGUGUUUUAUAAAAUAAGAAGAAUAAUAAGCAAAAAUAUUCGAACGAAAAAAGGAACAAAGCCUUUCCUCCGCACCUUGGAAAAUAUCCCCAAACAUGAAUGAAUUUUCGAUAAUAAUAAAGCCUGUUCGUCGGGGGCGAUGGGAUGCAUUUGGCGUUCCCAAGAAACGAUGGAGUCUUGUCAUGGUUGGGGAGAGGAACACAAGUUGUUGUUUUUAAAAAAAUACCUCUUUUUAUUAGGGUGGGAAAAUUACGGGGGAUACUGUUGUGUUUGUGUUGAACGGCGGACUUUUCCUUUCAGUUAAUGCGUUGUAAUAAACGAAACCACCGCAACA